AUGCCACGGCAAAUGAAUGCGAUGGGCCCUUUAAACAUUUACAAGGAGCUGGAGGAGCUUACGAAUUGUGAACCAUUGAGAAAACUGAGUGCUUCGCAGAAAGAUUGGCUUCUUGACAGUACAUCGCACUACAGAAACAACAGUAACACGGCUGCGGUUCCCAAUGUAAACACGCAACUCACAUCGUCGUUUCGAAACGGAGAGGAGGAGGCAAUAAGUGAGGGUCUGUCAAGGGUAGAAUCUGCAUCAACGGCUCGUGGGACUCAACGGCCCGUCAAUACUGGCACUUGCAGCAACAGGAAUGCGGAGGGGGCAGUAGCCAGAUAUGAUAUUGCCGCCAAGACCGACACAGCUACUGCGCACGUCUCCCCACUACGCGAUGAGUCGAUAGGAGGGACACUUAUUACCUUGGAAGUGUCCUCUUCUAGCGCAACCCCAGAGGGUUUGUUGUCAUCGCUCUCACCGAUGCUGCUAUCUGGCUGUGCUAUGUCGUCACCCGUUACCUCUCGCCGAAUACCGGGAAAAAAUCAUACUAGAACUGCAGCCAAACGAGGUGUUAGGCAAUUCAAAACAAGCAAUACAAAAACUUGUUCCAACAAGGGCGUCCGGCCCUGUUCAAAGGGUGCAAUCAUAUCGCUAGUCGGCACCCCGAACUCGAGGCGGUCUUCAUUGGCCCAUGUUAUCCCUUCUGGGUUGAAAAAAGUGUCUGAAAAAACUAGUGUGAAGAUCCAUGACGCUGGCAUCCGUCCCGUGUCCGUCAAUUCCCCUGUGGUAUCAGCGAGCCCUUACUUAGAGAAGGGGAAUCAAGGUGUCACGACAAACUUGCCUUCGCCAGCGAUUCAGAGUCGUGAUUUUUCUGUGGCUACUGUCGCUGCAGCUCAAAAGACGUUGGAGCAGAGAAACGGCUCCUCACAACCAUGGCCUUGCGCGGAUGAGCGCACGAGUUCUUUUGAGGUUUUUGUUUCUUCUGAGAGUGACACGGAAGCCGCACCAAUUUCUUUCCCCCUUGCUCAACAGAGGCAAAAUCCUCCCUUGAUUAAUCAAGGCCAAAGUAGAGUACCGGCUGAGAAUACAGCAUCGCCUUCGGUCUCUGCCUCCACAUCUGUUGUGGCUGUCAUUGGUGUAUACGAGGUGACGGAGAAGAGGGCGGCACAGCCUUUAAGGGAGGAAAAGAAGAAUACUGGCCAAUCAACCUUGUCCCACCGAUUCAAGGGGAAUAUGUCACCUUCCUCAGCCAAUAAAAUUGGCAAUCUAAAAGAGAGGGAGAAGAUGAGGGUUGGAAGUAAAAACAGAGAGAGGAGUGUGCCAUUGGAGGAAUUGAAGCGAGUGGCUAUGGAAGAGGAAGAGAAAAAAAUUCAGCAGGAGAGGAACCAAAAUGAGGCAAAUAAAGUAAACCAUAAGGAACGGGAGGAGGCCAAUAAGGGAAGCGAAGUGCCAGAAUUCAAAACGGAAGUCUCCAAAGUGAAUGUGCGACAGAAAAGUGUGACGGGAUCUCAAGAACGAGAAAAGAUUGCGCAGCGAAACGAGUCAGAAGCACGACAAUCUCAAGUUGCAUUAAUUUCGCCGACAGAAUCAAGAAGAGCGUUGAGCGAGAGACCGGUGGUAUCCAAGCCAGAAGGAGAUAACAAAUCGGGAGGCAUGGACGAGGUUAGAGCCGAUCAUUAUGAUGAGGGGAAACGUGUCUACAGGGAAGAUGCACUGUAUUCCACGCAUGCAACCUAUAUGAAACAGAAAUCGAAGGCAAAGUGCUGCAACGUCAUGUAA